CCAAAACAUCAUGGGGAAAGGAAGCGAGCGGCGGCGGCGGUGAAGGCUGCGCCGCUGCGCCCGACCGCAGUGCAUCAGCGUGGCCGCCCUGACAUCCCCCAGGAUGGUGAACAUGGGGCAUUAUGCGCUGGUUAACAGGCUCCGAGCUGCUCAGAGACUUGUUUUAAGCAUUUUCUCCCUCGCUCUCGCUUUUAAUCUUGUCUCUAGUGGCGUGUGUAGGGGGGAGGACUUUAUUUCCAUUGGCUAAGCUCUCCCUUCCCACCCACAGCUCUUCCACAUCACCUUGGUGUCUCCCUAAAUAAAACCAGCCCUCCUUAUCGCCUGGAAAAAAUCAGGAGCUAGAGUUUGAAUGGGUUUUACAUAAACAUUCACCCCUGUCAGCGUGCGGCUGGGAUCUCAGGAUAAACUCACAGCGUCUGGCCUGAUGCUUGCCUUGCGUUCUCUUCCCCUGAACGUCAAGGUUUAAGCAGAGCCCGAGGACUGGGAACUCUUCUCUGAAAUUCGAUCAACCUGAAGCCAGUUGCGGAACUGCACAGGGUCCCGAUGGACCUCAAGGAGAGCCCCAGUGAGGGCAGCCUGCAACCUUCUAGCAUCCAGAUCUUCGCCAAUACCUCCACCCUCCACGGCAUCCGCCACAUCUUCGUGUAUGGGCCACUGACCAUCCGGCGUGUGCUUUGGGCAGUGGUCUUCGUGGGCUCUCUGGGCCUGCUGCUGGUGGAGAGCUCGGAGAGGGUGUCCUAUUACUUCUCCUACCAGCACGUCACCAAGGUGGACGAAGUGGUGGCUCAAAGCCUGGUCUUCCCAGCUGUGACCCUCUGCAACCUCAAUGGCUUCCGGUUUUCCAGGCUCACCACCAAUGACCUGUACCACGCAGGAGAGCUGCUGGCCCUUCUGGACGUCAACCUGCAGAUCCCAGACCCCCAUCUGGCUGACCCCUCCGUGCUGGAGGCCCUACGGCAGAAGGCCAACUUCAAGCACUACAAACCCAAGCAGUUCAGCAUGCUGGAGUUCCUGCACCGCGUGGGCCAUGACCUGAAGGAUAUGAUGCUCUACUGCAAGUUCAAAGGGCAGGAGUGCGGCCACCAAGACUUCACCACAGUGAGUACUUGGUUUUCAGCUUACUUUGUCUGGUCCUCUGGAGACGUGGUGCGCCGGUGGUCUCCUGCUUGGUUUGGGGUCUCCUUGUGCUUUGGAACAGGAGAGAGAGGAGUGCCUCAGCCGAUGGCCACGAGGGUAGUUGGUCAGAGUUGUGGGAGCCAGUUGCAGCAAAGGCUACCGGCCGGGAUGGAACACUGCUUGAAAUUGCCUAUGGAGAAGGUUUACUGCUCUGUCAGUGAGGUGUCAUUAUCUGCUGUCCUCACCAAGUUCAAGACUAAUCUGUUUGAGUGUUCAUUGCUUGGGCUGACACUCUAUGUACGACCUUCCCCAGUAUUGAAAAAGGGGGUGAGCCUCAGGGCUGCUGCUCACGUUAUUCAGGGAGUGUCAGAAAAAGCAUCUACUCCAGGACAGCCCAAGGAGGCUCCAGCACAGAGGCUGGGCUCUGCCCCCAGCUGGGCACAGUGGGCAGCAGUGCUGAGCCUUUGCAAGAGGGAACAUGAUGCUGAGUUUGCUCAGACCUUACAGUGA